AUGAAUGCCGUUGACGGUAGUGCACCUAUUAAUAAGACCCCCAUGGAACAGGUAGACGAACUCAAAUACUGGCUGGCUACAGCUCCUGGAAACUGGGAUUCAGACACAAAUAUUCGCCGGUACCUUCUCCCUACUGGCGAACACAUUUCUUGUGUAUUAUGGAAUAGCCUAUUUCACAUAACGGGGACUGAUAUCGUUCGCAGUCUAGUCUUCCGCUUUCAAGCCUUCGGUCGACCUGUCAAGAAUAUCAAGAAAUUUGAAGAAGGCGUUUUCAGUGACCUUCGCAACUUAAAACCUGGCCUGGAUGCUUCUCUGGAAGAACCAAAAUCGGAGUUUCUCGAGAUGUUAUAUAAGAACAACUGCAUACGCACCCAGAAGAAACAGAAAGUUUUCUAUUGGUUUUCUGUGCCACACGACCGUCUGUUCUUGGACGCAUUAGAACGGGACCUGAAAAGGGAGAAGAUAGGCAUCGAACCAACGACUGUCGCUGUUACAGAACCUGCCAUCUCUUUCUCUUUUGAUUCAACACAGUCACUUUACGACCAGUUUACAAAGGGUAUGUCGCGCGAGUCAUCGGCCCCAUCAUCUCCACAACUACCAAGUCUGGUAUAUGAACCCGCCAUUCAGGCACUAGCUCCAGCUAUGAUGGGACCUCAAAUAAAGUCAGACGAACAGGUUAAUGUCCUAUACUCUCUUGGUGAGGACUCGGUUGGGAAUGUAGCAUCCACACAGUCUCCCCUCAGCACAUUCGCCUUAUUCCAAUCAAUACCUCAGUGCGAUCAUGCUCUCGGUAAAGGGCAUUUGUUUUCAUCACCUGAUCUCGGUUAUUGUUCUAUGGACGAGCUUCAGAAGACCUCUUUCGAGAUUAAUCCCGCUUCAGAAUACAUUGUAACAGCUGGAUGGAAUCCUUCUAGCAUUGAUGAACAAUAUGUCGAAGGAUGCCGUCCGACUCAUGACCAAGCUGACUCUCAGCUUUCAAAUGUGUCACAAGCAAUUGUUCCUUCGUCAAACUAUAACAAUAACUCUACUGCAUCCGCUGCAGCUAAUCUUUUUGGUAUGUUUUCUAUCUUUGAGGGUUCCCCAACGUACAAACAACGCAGACGCCGUGCAAGUUCCUGCGCUGGUGUAAACGUAAGCCAAAAUUCCCCUCCAAUGAGAUCCAACACCGCACCUUAUCCAGUUAAGACAUACACCUGUCCGCUUCCGACUUGCGGCCGAUUGUUUAAGCGGCUAGAGCAUCUCAAGCGUCAUGUUCGCACUCACACUAUGGAACGACCAUACUCUUGCUCGAUAUGCGGAAAGAGGUUUUCAAGGUCCGAUAAUCUAGCUCAACAUAAAAAGACACAUGAAAGAGGAAUGGCUAAUUCUCCUCCACCUUCUGACGAUGGCACUAAUGGGUCUGAUCUCGGUUUUGACGAUAAUGUCGUCUCCGAAUGCUUUAAUUUCGAGGCUCCUGAUAUGGCAGUUACUACCUGCGUACCUGAUGGAUAUGCUGUUCUCGCCCCAGAACCAACCAAUUACUCUGUAUUCAGCCUACCUUCCAAUUACAUGGAAACGUCAGCGAGCAAUGGAAUUAUUGUCUAA